AUGCCUGAGCACGAAGAAGACCUCGUCGCCUCCCAGACCGAGGGUUUCAAGGUCGGAGAGAAGAAGACCAUUGAAGAGUACCAGAACCUUGACAAGAACGACGAGUCUCUCAACCGCUGGAAGGCCUCUCUGGGUCUGGCCACUGGAAAUCCCAUUGGCGACCCCAAUGAUCCCAGAAAGUGCAUCAUCAAGUCCCUUGCCCUGGAGGUGCAGGGACGUCCCGAUGUUGUGAUUGACCUGUCUACUCCCCAUGCGCUCGAGACCCUCAAGGACAAGCCCUUCACGAUCAAGGAGGGCGCCACCUUCCACAUCAAGGUCGUCUUUCAGGUGCACCAUGAGGUUCUGAGCGGUCUCAAGUACCUGCAGGUGGUGAAGCGCAAGGGUAUCAGAGUUAGCAAGGACGAGGAGAUGCUGGGAAGCUACGCUCCCAGCACCACCGACAAGCCCGUCUACGAGAAGAAGUUCAACGCCGAGGAAGCCCCCUCAGGCAUGAUGUACCGUGGCCACUACAACGCCGUGUCCAAGUUCGUCGACGAUGACAACCACACCCACCUCCAGUUCGAGUGGUCCUUCGACAUCGCCAAGGACUGGUAG